AUGUCGGCGGUCAAGUUGACCCCAGUGCCCGUCGUGGACGGCGAGGCUACAACCGCCGCGGCACCUGUAUCUGUACCUGCACCCCAAAUCAAAGAGAAACAAGCCACCGUGCCGUUUCGGUAUCAGUUCCUGGCAGGUGCUGUCGCUGGUGUUAGCGAGGUUCUUGUCAUGUACGCAAAGAAAACGACUUUCCCCUUCUGGGAGAAGGCACAAGGCUAUCGUCAAGUCAGUCUGCUGACGAUCCCCCUUUUUAUUCUCUUGGCUAGACAAUUGCAGAAUUCAGCCUCUAGACAGUACACUGGGAUGAUCGAUUGUGGAAGGAAAAUCUUGUACCAGGAAGGGAUCCCGGUCUUUUACAGAGCCAUCGGAGCUCCGAUACUCAUGGAAGCACCAAAAAGAGCAACCAAGUUCGCCUCCAACGCCGCCUUUGGCAGCUUCUACCAGAAACUCUUCGGGCAGGAGAAGAUGACGCAGCCGCUGUCGAUCGUGACGGGGGCCAGCGCGGGUGUCGCCGAGAGCUUUGUCAUUUGCCCCUUCGAGGUGGUCAAGCUGCGCAUGCAGAACCCGGCCAACGCGAGCCAGUACAAGAACGUGGUCGACUGCGUGGGCAAGCUGGCCCGGAACGAAGGACUGUCGGUGUUUUUCCAGGGAUUCGAGUGCACCAUGUGGCGGUCCGUGGUGUGGAACGCCGCCUACUUUGGGUGCAUCUUCCAGAUCCGCGCGUUGCUGCCCAAGGCCGACACCAAGGCCGGGCAGAUGACCAACGACCUGAUCGCCGGCAGCCUGGGUGGCACGGCCGGCAUCUUCGUCAACACCCCCUUCGACGUGGUCAAGUCGCGCAUCCAGAGCGUCGCCACGUCCACGCACCAGGUCCGCAAGUACAACUGGGCCUUUCCGGCAUUGGCCACCGUCAUCCGCGAGGAGGGCGUCAGCGCCCUGUACAAGGGACUCGUGCCCAAGUUGGCCCGCUUCUGUCCCGGCGGAGGGAUCUUGUUGGUCACGUACACGACCGUGAUUGACUUUUUGACGACCAUGAACAACAAAGCGAGGUCUUGA